AUGUCCUCUCCUGAAUACUCACCGGCCUUCUUGGCGGAGGAUUGCCGCCAGCCGGCGAUUGUAGGCAUGGUCGUUGUGACAACUCUCUCAUUCAUCGUCGUUGUGGUUCGCCUGCUGGGAUGGGACGAUCUCACAAUCAUGAUCGCGCAGUUGGCCAGCUGGAUAGUCUUGGGUCUUUCAUUAAUGGUCAUCCAUUAUGGCUCUGGUCAGCAUCUUGCGGCAUUGAUGAGCGACCUGGGGGCCUUUGGCGCACAUGUAUAA